CCGCCACUAACUCUAUCAAAACCGCCAGAAAGACCAAUAGAAUCAUCCACCAACAAAAAGAAACAUACACCCAUCAUUCCACAACAACGCUUUCCCCUCUCCCUCCCAAUUUUCCCGAGAAAAUUCCUCUGGUAGAGAAAGUUCUCGAGGAAGAGCGAGAAAAUCAUGAACAAGAUGCACGGGUACACGGAGGUGGGUACGAAUAGCGGCAAGGUGGCGGAGGUAGACAUAGAGUCGGGGGAGUUGUUGUACCCAGGUCUGAGCAAAGGCGAGAACCAGCUCCGAUGGGGAUUCAUCCGCAAGGUGUACGGAAUCCUGGCCGCCCAGAUGGUUUUGACCACUCUGGUCUCCUUCGUCACCGUACUCUACGCUCCGAUCAACGAUCUCCUCAAGGGCAGCCCUGGAAUUCUCCUCUUCUUCGCCAUCCUUCCCCUAAUCUUGUUGUGGCCCCUGCAUGUGUAUCAGCAGAAGCAUCCCCUCAAUUUUGUCUUCCUCGGACUUUUCACUCUGAGUUUGAGUGUCACAGUUGGCGUGGCCGUUGCGAAUACAGACGGAGCAAUUGUGCUUGAAGCCUUAAUUCUAACUUCGGCUGUGGUUGCAUCCUUGACUGCAUACACCUUCUGGGCUUCGAGGAAGGGCAAGGACUUCAGCUUCCUCGGACCAGUCUUGUUCACUGGCCUCAUUGUCCUCCUCCUAACUGGUUUCAUGCAGAUGUUCUUCCCUCUUGGCCCUACAACUAAUGCCGUAUAUGGUGCCAUUGGCGCUAUCAUUUUCUCUGGGUACAUUGUCUAUGACACCGACAACCUGAUCAAGCGCUUCACAUACGAUGAGUACAUUUGGGCCUCCAUCACUCUUUAUCUUGACAUUCUGAACCUGUUCCUGACUAUAUUGCGGAUGCUGAGGGAAAGCAACAAUUAGUCAUGCCGAGUACUGACUACCGACUCAACUCUCUGCAGUCUGGUUUUGGCUCAUUGUGGACAUAGUCUAUAGUCCAAGCCUGAACAUAAUCAUUGUGGAUGUAGAGUAUAUGUUUCCUUUUUACUCUUUAAACAGUUCGAAUACCAAGCGAUUCGUUUUCAUUUAUGCGAUUCAUUUUCCAUUUUAUGGAUUUGGUUGCUCGACUUGUUCGAACACCGGAUUUUCUUA